GUUUGAACCCGGCAAGCAGAAUUGUUAAUACUUUGGAGAUAUAUGCCGAAAUUACGGGUCUGAAUCAGACAGCAUAUACACAUACAAUCUCAUAGCAGAUCCUGAUAACAUUGGAAACCAAACACUAGAAGUGACAAUGGAGCCCAGUGGAGAAAAAUGUGAGGAGAAAGCAUUUGGUCAUAAAGAUGACAAGACAAUUGGCUGCCUUUCCAAACCGACAAAUGAACUUACAAUCAAAAUAAAAAACACUGCUUCUUCUAGUACAGUAUUGUCAUCCUGUGAAGAGUGCUUCAGAAAGUGCAAAGCUGGUGAUACUUGUGUCAAGGCUAAUGGAUGGUGUCCCGGGGAUUGCAUGGCUGGAUAUGGAAUGGGGAAUCAAUUGUGCUAAGGAGUGUACGAGACAUUGCAAGACACUCGACGAUUGUCAAAGGGAAGAUGGUUUUUGCAGUGGUAAUUGUGAAUAUAAUUACUAUCCAAAAUACGCUUGUAAUCAAGAGGUUCUCAAAAUAGAUGGUAAACCUACGUUCAAGAGUCGGGGUGCCGAUUACAUUGAGAUAGAAUGGAAGGUUUUGGAUGUUAAGAGUACUAUCAAACAUGAUACCGCAGCUACAAAAUCCUUCAGAGUUGAAUACAGAAGUUCCUCAGACGAAGAUGAUAAUAUAGAAUCAAUUAACAGUUCUGGGUUGAUGGCAAGAAUUGACAACUUAUCAAAGGAUAGCAUUUUUGUUUUCCGUGUGUCAGCAUUGUACCCAUAUGAAGUUAGUGAUAUAAAAAUAGGCGCAACAUCUGAUUGGAGUGAUCCAUUUACUACAUGCGGAGGUAAAUGCAA